UGUGGAGAUGAGUGACAAACGCUCAAGCAACUGAGCUACUGUAGCUCCAGCCCCAAACCCGUAGCCGCCGAGUGCAGAGAAGACGGACUAGACUAGACUAGAAGGACUUUGGUAUGACUAAGUAUUUGUGAGUUUGUGAGGAGCGACUGUAAAACCUUUAAACGUGUCGGUGAUUGUACAGUAGAAGUGACUCAUUAUGGACAAAAUGUGUUUAUUUGACUUCUGUAGUGGAAUACAAGAGUCAAAUAAACACAUUUUGUCCGUUGCUGUUAAAUAAGUUGUAGUUCUCACAGAAUGAUGCUAGACAGCCCCGAGUGCGUGACCUUCAGCUCUGUGAUCUGAGCUGACAAUGCUGUGCGAACAGUUCACUGUCUCUGUCCCUCUUUGUCCCUCUGUCCCUCUGUGUCUUUCCUCCUGUCUCUCAUCCUCUGUUCUUCUCCUGUGUGGGUGCAGGGCGGUGACUUGGGUGCUGUCCUUGUUGUUGGUGCUGGUGGUGUCUGCAGGAGGAAGUGUGGGGCCCAGCUCCAACAGCAGUCUGUGCUCCGAGUCUCGAGAGUGUCUCCAGUAUGAACUGCUGUGUCAGACCGACGAGUACGAGGUGAGACACUACAGUCCCACGCUGUGGGUGUCCACAGACGCAGAGGCUUACUUCAUGGGCGUGGGAGCAGCCAUGGCCUUCAGGAGGCUCUUCCAGUACAUCACCGGAGCCAACGAAGGAGGUUACCAGAUGGACAUGACCGCUCCUGUCCUGGUCAAGAUCCCAGAGGAGACCAGGAUGUGGGAGCCAGCCAUCUACACUCUGAGCUUCCCUCUGCCCCAGGCCUACCAGGAGCAGCCCCCCCAGCCCACCAACGACAAGCUGUACUUUACGGAGAUGCCGGACAUGGAUGUGUACGUGCGCAGCUACGGCGGCUGGAUGCUGUCAGUCACCUCCAGGUUACAGGCCCACCAGCUGACCAAAGAACUGGACCGAGUGGGGGCCUCCUACAACCACACCCACCACUACGGAGUGGGCUAUGACAGUCCUCUGAAGCUGCUCAACAGACACAAUGAGGUGUGGUAUGUUUGUGAGGGGAAGCCAGUGUGUACCGACCCCCAGGAGCCCACACCCCCUCACCCCUCCAGGCACCAGAGCGAAGCCCAGGAACCCACAGCCCCUCACCCCUCAAUGCUCCAGACCGAACCCCAGGAGCCCACACCCCCUCACCCCUCACUGCUCCAGUCUGAACCCCAGGAGCUCCCCUACACCUCCAGGCUCCAGGCUGACGACCCAGCCUCAACUGCCCCCCAAUCCUCCAGGCUGCAGGCUGACGACCCAGCUUCAUUUGCACCUUCAAAUGCUCCUUCAGACACCCCCACGAGUGCUCCCACGGGUGCUCCCUUAAGCUCCUCUUCUCUACAUCCUGAAGCUCCUUCUGUCGCUGAGGACAACAGCACCUGCUCCAACUCCUCCCAGAGCACCAUCACCACUGUGCCCCUGUCUCACACCACCCCAAAUCCCUCAGAGCAGAGCACUGAUAGUCCCCCAGAGCCAAGCACCUCCAACCCCUCACAGCAGAGCACCCUCAACCCUUCUGAAGAGAGCACCCAGGCCAACUCCACCCACCCAGACCCACACACCCAGAACACCCCUUCCUCCGCCUUGCCCUCGGCCCACCUCCCUCAAGAGCUGACCCCUGGCCCGUCCGACACCUCCCUGGGUGCGGGCCAGUCGGAGCACCCCCCCAGCACAACACCCGAGCACCAGGACCCCCCUCGUCAUGAGCAGUAGCAGCAUGUCCUCCAUGUUACAACCAGAUGUGGGGAGCGCUUCAUAUGCUUGUUUGCAGACAUAGACAGAGUGAGAGGGAGGAGGCGUGCUACGAGAGGGAGUAUUAUCCUACAGUUUUGGAGAUUUCUACCUUGACAAUGAUGAUCAGCAGGUAAAGAAAUAUAAAUACUUCCUGGCGUGAUGGCAACACAAUGACGUAUUAGUUUGGCUGCUGUACCCACUUCUGGUUGUCAACAAAGCCCCCUUACUAUUACUGUCUCCCUCAUUAUGGAAGUAGCUCUAGUGCUGCUAGUCAUAUCAUAUCGCUUCAUGUACGGUACGGGUCCAUGUACAUAUUUUCUGUUGUAUCUAUCAGGGCUGUUUCUAGUUUACUCGGGGCCCUGCCAAAAUUCAGUUUGGGGGCCUCUAAUUUGACAAACCACAAAAGAGAGAUUCCCGUCACAAAAAUCUGUCUUUCAAUUCAUGCGUUAUUAAUGUGAGUGGGGUAGCCUCUUCACAGAUCUGACCUUUCAAUUGGCCUCGUAGCUUUACCUCCUGGAAAUGGAACAACAUUUCAGGCAAAGCAAAAACGUUUCCAUGGAGCCAAGAAUGUGGCAGACCUUCCACUAAAUAAAUAAAUAAAUGAUCCAAAUAUACAUGUUUAUUCAAAUCAAAUAUUGUUUAAAAUAGCAUACACCCUUUUGUGAUUACACAUCCAGUGUGGAGUCCCCUGUAGGUGUAUUUUAGCCCCUCAUGUUUUUACCAUAAUCUGUUCAGAGCUAGAAACAGCCCUGCAGCGCCACCUGUUGUAAUCAUGCUUGCUAUUCCUUUUGAGUUGCAUCUCAUAAGCACUUUAAACGCAUUUUAGUCAUUAGUGGUAUUCUAAGGCAAUAAUUCUGUAACACAUUUCAGUCUAGUCCAUACAGCGUCUGAAGUGGUGUGUGGAUGAUCUGUUGUUGUGCAUACACUGCUGCUUUAAAGAAACCCAGAAGUGGUGUUAGCUAAAGUUACAGCUUGUGAUGUAAUAGGAUUUUACCCACCACAUGUAAGUCUUAUGCAAACA